AUGGUCAAAAGAAGUCAUUCUUCUACACCAGUUCCAUCGGAUGACACCAACCACUCUCCUUCUACUUCCCAUACCAAUUACAAGGAAAAUAUCAACGAAAGUGACAAAGAUCAAAUCGCAAUCAAACCUCUGCUCAGUGCAUCCCCUAAAAUGGCCACUGUCGAGAAGAAAGAAUUCAGUCUCGAAUCAAAGAGGAUAGCUACUGAAAUGAUCUUGGAAGCAGGAUACAAUUCUGUUGAUUUCAAUCUGAUGAGUGAAAGAACUGGACUUACAGUUCGACAACUUCGUGAUACUCUCAGAAAUCGUACUAACGGCAAAACCAAUCUUCGUUUCUCAACUUGUCAAUUCUCUCAAUCCAACAAAGUGAGAAUCUCACGUCAGCUCAAACCUACUCUCCACAGACAACGGAUAGUGAGCAUAAAAGCAGAACGGAAUUAG